AUGUUCGGAGAACGCUUGGUGAUUCCCGAGAAGCAUCGGCAGCGGUGUCUACGGCAGCUGCACCGGGGACACCCCGGAAUCUUACGAAUGAAGGCGUUGGCGAGAAGUUAUGUGUAUUGGCCGUCGCUUGAUGAGGAGAUUGCCCAGUACGUGAAGGCACGCAAGGCAUGCGCUUCCGUAGCUAGAAGUCCACCGAAAGAAGCACCCGUUCCGUGGCCACGACCAACUGGCCCAUGGAAGCGAGUUCAUGUGGACUACGCCAGUCCCAUCGACGGAGUACACUACUUGCUGGUAGUCGACGCGCAUUCGAAGUGGCCAGAAGUGGUUCCAACACAACGGAUCACUUCCACAGCCACGAUCAGCAUCUUGAGAAGCAUCUUUGCCUGGCUGGGAAUGCCUGAAACGCUCGUCAGCGACUUCACGAGCAGCGAGUUCCAGCAGUUCUGCAGCGACAGUGGCAUCGAUCACGUCACCACGGCACCGUUUCACCCGCAGUCGAACGGUCAGGCUGAAAGGUUCGUGGACACGUUCAAGAGGGCGUUGAAGAAGAUCCAGGAGGGGAAGGUCGGCGUUGGAGAAGCGUUGGAUGUUUAUCUGUUAACCUACCGCACAACACCGAAUCGACAGGUCGACGAAGGUAAAUCACCGUCCGAAGCAAUGUUCGGCCGGCGCAUCAGAACAAGUCUGGACCUGCUUCGCCCUCCACCAGAGCGCCCACCGAGUGACGACAAGGAAGGAAACCGAAGGAGCUUCUCUGCACACGAUGCCGUCUAUGCGAAGGUGUACAGGAACAACAAGUGGCGCUGGGCACUUGGAACGGUGUGUGAGAAGAUAGGCAAGGUGAUGUACACCGUCUGGGUUGAGGAUCAGCGGAUGGUUCGAGCGCAUGUUAACCAGAUGCGCAGUCGUGGCGGUACUACACCAGGUAGCAGCAGACCGCAGUCUGCACUGUCCCUGGACGUUCUGCUGGAUGCGUGGAGCAUUCCGAGAACUGCGCGGAGCAUUCCGAGAACUGCGCCGCCAGUCCCAACACCAUCCUUGUUCCCGACGGACCCCGCGAACUCGUCAAGAGAGUUCCCACCGUUGCAACCUGUGCCGUCUGCGUCCUUAUCGGUGUCUAUGUCGUCAUCAACGUCAUCUAUGUCUGCUACGUCAACAUCCCCAGAGUUCGCAUCGGCAGAUAGCGAACCAGUUACUCCGGUACAGCUUCCACGAAGGUCUUCCAGAGCUCAAAGGCCUCCUCAGUGGUUCGACCCGUACCAUCUCUAUUGA